AUGAGGAUUUCACUGGGCCUGGCUGGGAUUUACAAUCUCUAAACUACACAGCACUGAAUUACAGACUAAUAUCAUCACUGGUAACCAUGUUCCAGCCUAUCCUGGUAAUUUUGGCUCUAGCUAUGCCCUAUCCUGAAAUCUGUGUGGCACGAACGGCAAAAGAGAGUUUCCUACAAAAUCUUGAGAGAGAAGAUUUAGUUUACUACUUUGGAAGAGAAUUCAUAUCAGCAACUGAUGUGCAAUUGGCUAAUCUGACCUGCUCCUGUGAAGAUACUGAUGGGGAAGGUCCAUCUCCAGCCACACACUGUAUCCUGCUGUCACCUUCACAGCACUAUGUCUUCCGGUUUCUUAAAGGGCACAGACCAAUCACUACGGAACGCUUUCUCAGUAAUUCUUUGCAGCAGCUAAAGUAUUUCCCAGAAGACUGUGGAGCCCUGGGCACUGCCAUACAUCCGGCAGGUACCCAUUCAGUAAUCACUUACUGUGCUGGAGAACUGCGUGGUUUCAUCACUCAAGAUACUGAACAACUUUCUAUACAACCCAUAAGGAAGAGGCAUUUACAUCUGGUGCAGAAACCUGGGGUCUCCCACAUCCUCUUUCGAUCUAAAAACUCUUUUUCUGUUCAUAGUGAGAUAAGGUCUGUCCCUUUUCUGCACCAAAUGAAGAAACGAGCAGUCAGCACUGUGAAGCACUUGGAGCUGCUUGUAGUGGUGGGUCCUGAUGUCUAUCAGUUUCAUCAAGAGGACACAGAGAGAUACAUCCUCACCAACCUCAACAUAGGGGCUGAAUUGCUGAGAGAUGUCUCACUUGGUGCCUUGCUACGUGUGCACUUAGUAAAGAUUGUGAUCCUGACCAAACCAGAGGCUGGUAUCGAGAUCAGUAAUAACCUCACAUCUUCCCUGAUCAGUGUCUGCAAUUGGAGUCAAAAGGUGAAUCCAUCAAGUGACUCAGACCCAGAGCAUGCAGAUCUUAUCCUCUAUGUCACCAGGUUUGACCUGCAGUUACCUGAUGGGAAUAAACAAGUACGAGGUGUCGCCCAGCUGGGAGGAGCUUGCUCAUCUCAGUGGAAUUGUGUUAUUACAGAGGACACUGGUUUUGACUUGGGAAUAACCAUGGCACAUGAAAUAGGACACAGCUUUGGUAUAAACCAUGAUGGUACGGGCAACCACUGCAGCAGAAGUGGGAAUAUCAUGGGAGAUGAUGGAAACCACAACAGUGUCCAUCUCACAUGGUCUGAGUGCAGCAGGAAGCAGUUCCUCACAUUCCUCAGUAGGGGCCAAUCAGACUGUAUUGACGACUUGCCGGAAUUGGAAAGCAGUAUUCCUGGCUGGAAGCCUGGUCUGUAUUAUGGUGCUGAUGAGCAGUGCCAAAUCGCCUUUGGAAGCUCUGCCCUGGCUUGCACAUUCGCCAGAAAUGACCUGGAUACUUGCAGCGUCCUGUCCUGCCAUAUUAGUCAACAAGAUCGUUCUAGCUGCAACCGGCUCCUUGUCCCUCUUCUUGAUGGCACCGAAUGUGGAGAGAACAAGUGGUGCCACAAGGGUCGAUGCAGCUCACUGGUUGAGCUAAAUCCUGUAUCUGUGGUCCAUGGGACCUGGUCAAGCUGGAGCGCGUUCUCGCCUUGCUCUCGCAGUUGUGGGGGAGGCGUGAUAGUAAGGCGAAGACAAUGCAACAACCCCAGACCUGCAUUUGGUGGACAUUUCUGUGAGGGACCUCAUCUCCAGGCUGAAAUGUGUAAUAUUCAAGCUUGUGUGACAACACAGCUGUCUUUCAUGACAGAACAGUGCUCGUCUACAGACACCAAACCUCUCGACCUCGCACCUGGGAGUCGCACCUUCUACAAGUGGACCUCUGCCGCUGGCUUUGCAUUUGGGGAUUCCCUCUGCCAGCACAUGUGUCGGGCACAGGGCAAGAAUUUUAUGGUGACUCGUGGGGACAGUUUUUUGGAUGGCACUCGAUGUGAGCCGGAUGUAGGGACCGAUUCUGCACUAAACCUGUGUGUAGCUGGGAGCUGUAAGGCUUUUGGCUGUGAUGGUCUCAUGGAUUCUGGGAAGGUGAAAGACCAGUGCAGUGUGUGCGGAGGAGACAACAGCACGUGUAUAAGAGUCAGUGGUUCAUUCUCUGAGGGGAAAGCAGGAAUGUACUUCACGUUCCUGACCGUUCCCCUGGGCUCAACAAACAUAGAAGUGACCAACCUAAAGCCACUUUUUACACAUCUGGCUGUAAUAGAGAACUCUACAUAUGUGGUAGCAGGGAAAAAAAGCAUCUCUCUGAAUAUCACGUACCCUUCUAUUCUGGAGGACAGUCGGGUGGAAUACAGAUUAACUUUAACUCCCAAAAAGCUUCCAUAUCUCGAAGAAAUCACAAUAUAUGGACCCACCACACAAGACAUUGAGAUACAGGUUUACAGAAAAUAUGGGCCAGAGUAUGGAGACGUUACAAAUCCUGACAUCACAUACAGUUAUUUUAUUCCAAAAACUAAUCAAGAACAUACAUGGAAAGCUGUGCAUGGAACCUGCUCUGUCACUUGUGGUGGAGGUUCCCGGUUGGUGUCCUACGUGUGCACUGACCAAGAAACAGCUUUUUCUGAGGCCUGUAAUAAUUCAUUACUUCCUCCAUCAUUCCAAGAGCCCUGUGGAGUUGACCCCUGCCCCCCCAGGUGGGUAGUGAUGGAGUCUUCUCAGUGCACAGCGAGUUGUGGUGGCGGCGUGAUGCACAGGACCGUGCGCUGUAUGCAGAAACAGCAUGAUACAGAGAACAUUCUGUCUGAUGAGAAUUGUGCCCACUUGCCUCACCCUGAAACCAUAUCCAGCUGUGCCCAAGAACCCUGUCCUGCAAGGUGGGAGGUGUCGGAACACGGAGCCUGCUUAGCAGUCUGUGGGUCAGGAUUGGCUAAGAGGAAUGUCACUUGUGUCCGGUUUCAGGCUGGUCUGGAGUCAACAGUAGAAGAUAUACACUGCUUAGGGCAAGAGAAGCCCCCAGCUAUGGUACACUGUGUGGUGAGCGUAUGCCCCAUUGGAUGGAACACAAUGGCUUCAGGGAAACAGCUCACCUGGUCUGAGAGCACCAUGUUAAACGAAGAGCCCCUCUCGAUGAAGGAGAUGCAGGUGUAUGUGUGGAGUCCUGUAAUGGGGCAAUGCUCGGUCACCUGUGGAACAGGAACUUUGGAGCUGAGCUAUGUUUGUCUUGAUUUUCAUUCCAAGGAAGAAACGUUGGAAGAAAAAUGUAACCAGACAGUAAAACCAGAGAUACAACAGGAUGUCUGCAAACCAGGAGCCUGCCCGCCAAUCUGGGAGGUGAGGGAGCUGUCUCCCUGCCCUGUGACCUGUGGAGGUGGGACUAUCCCUCUUGCCGUCCUCUGUGUGAGAAAGGACAAUAUCAUCUCAUAUCCUCUUCCUCAUUCUAAGUGCAGUAGAAUUCCUCGUCCAAGCAACAGCAAACCGUGCGCUCACGAGCCCUGUCCAGUCCGGUGGCGAUAUAAGAUUGGCUCUUGCAGCGUAAGCUGUGGAGGUGGAGUAUUGCAGAGAGUUCUGUAUUGUACUCAAGAAACUAAGGAAGAAGAAAGCACAGAACAAAUUGUUAAUGAUGCAGAAUGUCAACAUCUUCCCCAUCCUCAAGGACAGGAGUCCUGCAACCAGCAUCCGUGCCCUCCCAGGUGGAAAGUUGCAGAAACAGGUCCUUGUUCUUCGGCCUGUGGUUACGGGAUCUCUAAGCAACGUGUCAUAUGUGUGCAGACUCUUGCUGGUGUUGAGACAGAAGCUGAUGUAGGAAGUUGUCAGUCUCAGGAAAAACCACCUUCCCUUAUACCGUGUAUUGUGUCGAAUUGCUUUUACUCAUGGGAUGUUGGUCCGUGGAGCAAGUGUUCAGUUACCUGUGGGAAUGGAAUCCAAAGUCGUCAGGAUUUCUGUACUAACCUAAAAACCCGACAGCAAGUGAGACCCACGUUUUGUGGGCACACGCCGAAACCCAUGACUCUACGUGGCUGCUCGGAAGUACCCUGCACACAGGUCAUGAAGACGUCUGAAACAGGAGCCUUCAGCAACUUCACGGUGACCCCUUCUAUGGUGCCCCAAUAUAAAGCUUCUGAGGGACAAGAUGACCGUGUUCCUGCCUUGGACGAGGACACUGAUGCCAGUGUUUGUGGACAGAUGUUCCUUAACACCUCCGGAGUUGUUAACACUGGAGGACUGGUGGAGAAGGACUGCAUGUUCUCAAUUGGACGCCCACUUGGGGAAGUGAUUACUGUCAAAGUGCUGUCAAGCUCCCUCAACUGCACUGCAGGGGAAUUGCUUCUUUUCUAUGGACGAACAAUGUGGCGAAAAACCUGCUCUCGUCUGUCUGGGGUGACUCUGACCUCCAAGUCAAACACUCUGAUGGUGCGGCAGCGGCAGAUGCAAGCUGGCAAUGGUGUGAUAUUGGAAUACUGGAGCAAACCUUCUCCCCAAAACUACUCGCAAGAUUGUGAUGUGCAGCUUUUUGGAAUGCAAGGAGAUAUUCAAAACCCUGUGAAACCCUUGCAACAAGGGGGAUCGCCUGCAUGUCGUAUCUUCAUUGACGUACACCCUCGGUAUCACAUAGCUGUACAUGCGCUCUAUAUGGAUUUGGUAUCAGGUAGCAAUGAGACACACUCCAAUUACAUUUUGAUUCGCGAUAUGAGAAGUUUAAAAUCAACCGCGUUCCAUGGAAAUCAUUUGUUUUAUUGGAAGUCUACCGGAAGCAGAGCCGAGAUUGAGUUUCAUGGUGAUUUCUCGCAAGACAGAGUGAGCUUCAAAGCAAAGUACUGGGCCAGGGAGCAAGAGUCGGUGACCAGACAGAAGGUCCCAUCCAGAUAAUCUGUCCCAACAUUGUUCCUAUAUAAGUCACUUGUUAGUUUGUAUCAGGUAUGGCAUGAAUAAGGGAGACUAAUCCCGAAACGUUGCCCUUUUUUUACCUCCUUAAAUAAAAGAAUUAAUAUCUGCUGUCACCUGCCUGCUUUCUUCUUUGAAUUAUUGAACUGGGGACUUAGGCAGUGGUCCCUGGGUGACGUGCAGCACCUAAGCCGGUUGUGCUGAAAAGCUCUACCUAACCAACGUUGUUCCUAAACAGUUGACAAUCACUUUACUCAGAUAUAAAGGCUCAUCAUCAUUAUCUUUGGCUGACAUCAGUUAUUUUAUUAUAUAUUUUUGAUUUAUGGUUUUGCAGAUGUUCAUCAUCAUUAUCUUUGGCUGACAUUUGUUAUUUUAUUAUAUAUUUUUGAU